AGCAAAGCUUAAACCCUAGUGAUACUGAGAUAGAGUGGUUUAAUCUUUUGGGGAGAGGAGUGAAAAUGGUGGUGAGGAUCCGAUUAGCGAGGUUCGGAUGCAAGAACCGGCCGUUUUACAGGGUCAUGGCGGCCGAUAGCCGAUCUCCGAGAGACGGCAAGCAUCUUGAGGUUUUGGGUUAUUACAAUCCCUUGCCAGGCCAAGAUGGGGGUAAAAGAAUGGGUCUGAACUUCGAUAGAGUGAAGUAUUGGCUAUCUGUUGGAGCUCAGCCUUCAGAUCCUGUGCAGCGCAUUCUUUUCAGGGCAGGAAUGUUACCUCCAACACCAAUGAUGGCAAUGGCACGUAAGGGUGGGCCACGUGACACACGGCCUGUAGAUCCUAUGAGUGGACGCAUCUUGGCGACUGAGAAGCCAGCCAGUGAUGAUCAAGCAAAGGAUGCUGCAAUCGGAGAAGAAAAAGAAGCAGGAACUGCGGAAGUUAAUGAUGGGCUAGGGAGGUUGCAAGAAACAAUCUUCCAUAUCGGCUUGCAGGACAAGCAGCAUGGUAUUGAUCAGUUCUGAAAAUUGUUCCUAUUAUUGGUAAAGAGGGCAGCUUGUGAAGAGAUUCUUGUACUUAAUGUAGAACCAAGUGUGAUCUAACUACUGUAUCACAUAUUUUCCAGAAAAUUACUCCAUGAGAUAAGUUUUAAUUUC